AUGUGUACUCAAGCUAUUCCCUCCUCCGAGCUCGCAACCGUUCCGAGCCAAAAUGAAAAUUCUUCUUCUUCGAGAAGAGACUCUCAGUUCCCACAAUUAUCCACCCAAAUCGGUUUGGAAAAUAUUGAUCUUCAAGAGGAAGAUGAAAUAAUCGAAGGAAGUUCAAAGAUGAAAACAGAAAGAGGAUCAUUCAGUGUGGCAGAUUGCAAACAACUCAUUAUGUCGCGGAUGGAUAUUUCGGAAGAUUCACAGAUAGGAGCGGCUCAAAAGGGAGAUAAGUUUUGGCAUAGGGUCAUGGAAAAUUUUAACAAGUAUCGUGGACCUGGAACGAGUUCAAAGAAUGCGAGUCAAUUACAACAUGAAUGGCAAAAGAUUAAUAAAGAGGCAACGACAUUUGCAGGAUGCCACAGUGAAGCAGAAAGAUGCAAGAGAAGUGGCAUGACAGAGACCGAUGUCUUGGAAAUGGCAUACCAGUUGUAUGAACAAAGUACAAAGAGGAAAUUCAAAAUGCAGGCUUAUUGGGAAAUGUUGAAGGAUCAUCCGAGAUGGAAUGCUGAACAAGACGAAUCUGGAACAAAGAGGACAAAGACUUCUGCCACAGGGGCAUAUUCAUCAUCCUCUAAUCCAGCAACGCCAACAAGUGAGCCAACUAGUGACAAUAAUGUGGGAUCAGGUAGUGCGAAUCGUCCAAUGGGCCGAGAAGCUGCAAAAAAAAAAAGCGAAAUCUAA